GUAACUUUAUAAUAAUUGAAUGAAUUGGAAGGUUAUAAGAAUAAAAAAUGAAAAGCUUUGAAGUUAAUGUAUUUGAAAAUAAUUAGAUAAUUAAUAAAUCAAUUAGAAAGAUGGAUUACAAUGAUUAAAGUGUAGGGGUUUGUUAUUGUUGUAUGUUCUUUACUUACAAACAUUAUAUUUAUUUAAUGAUGAUAACAAAUGGUAUUUAAGGGUUGCUUUUAAUGUUAAUAGGAAUAUUUGGUCUUUUGGAACAAUUUGAAUUGUUAGUAUUUUAAAGAACAAUAACUUUGAGUAUGCUAAGUAUAGGUAAUGAAAUAUAAUAUUGAAAUAGGUUGUUUAGUUGUUUUUGGGCUUAUAUUAUAACUGACAUUCUUUAUCAGACAAUCAGUAAUAUAUAUUGGGAAAAUAAUGGUAAUAAUAAAUGUUUUGACCUCUUUAUUUGAUUUAAGUUCAGGAAUAAUAUUAUUAUUAUCUUGUUUCAUGGAAUUAAGCUUUAUAGAAUUUAAUGAUGCGCAAAAAUCUUUUAGUUCGACAAAAAGAACAAUUUUAUUGAUAAUUUCAAUAAUAAUAACUGUUAUAUCUUUGUAUGGAUUUUGGAUGACAUAUCUUUAAUAUCAAACUAUAAUACCAUUAUAAGAGUAGUUAGAGAAAGAGACAAAAGUAGUACCAGUAAUAUCAUUGAGAUAAGCAGUAGCAAAAAAAUUUACAAAAAAUUGUAUGGGAGAACUCACUCCAAAUAAUGGAAAGAUGAAUCGACCUACAAGAGUAGAUUCAAUAUAAGAUUAAUCUUAACCAUUAUAAAGAAUUUAAGUAUAAAAUGAUUAUAAAUGAAAAGUUUAAAGCUAAAAAUCAAGAAGAAUUAAAUGAAGUAAAUUCUAAUCAUAGAAGUGAAAAACUUAUAAAAUUCACUGAUAAUUUAACUCCAUAUAAUGAAUGUUACACAUCAUCUACAAAUACUAUUAGAUAACCAUAAUAAACUGAUGACAUACAUUCAUUAAGGAAAUAAAGAACUCCUAGAUUUACAUAUAAUAAAUAAUAAUAAUAAGGUUGA